AUGGAACUUGCACAAAGUAAACAAGUUCAUGAGCUUCUCACAGCAUUUUUGCUGUUAAUACUUGCAAAUUUGGGCUUCUCUUUCCCUUCAGGGUCUCAAGGUAACAGACAAUGGCACAUGACUUCAGAUGUAAAGGAAGUAGCAGGCAAGUCUUAUGACUACAUUGUAGUUGGGGGAGGCACAUGUGGCUGUCCAUUGGCUGCUACACUGUCUGAGAAAUUCUCUGUGCUGCUGAUAGAAAGAGGUGGUUCACCAUAUGGAAAUCCCUUGGUCAUAGAUAGGAGAUACUAUGGUUUUCCAUUACUUCAUACAGACAAAUAUAUGUCAGUAGCACAAAGUUUCACCUCACAAGAUGGGGUUGGCAAUGUCCGAGGAAGAGUUCUUGGAGGAUCAUCAGCUAUAAACGGGGGCUUUUACAGUAGAGCAAGUGAGGAAUUUGUUGGCAAAGCAGGUUGGGACAAGAAACUAGUCAGAGAAGCUUAUGAAUGGGUGGAAUCAAAGGUUGUCUUCCCACCAUUCUUUCUCUCCCCAUGGCAGUCUGUAGCUGAAUUCAGCCUUCUUGAAUCAGGAAUUUUACCAUACAAUGGCUAUAGCUUGGAACAUAUCAAGGGAACCAAGAUUUCUGGGAGUGUUUUUGAUGUAUUUGGAAAGAGACACACCUCAGCUGACCUUCUAGAUGCAGGGAAUCCAAAGAACCUCACAGUCCUUCUAAAUGUCACAGUGAAGAGUAUCAUCUUUCAUCACAAUGGUUACAAUAAUGAAACUAGAGCUAAGGGUGUGAGGUUCAUCCAGAGUAAUGGAAGCUUAGAUGAAACCUAUGAAGCCUACAUCAGAAAACCCAAGAAUUCAAGUUCAAGGGGUGAUGUCAUAUUGGCAGCAGGUGCAUUGGGUAGUCCCCAACUUCUGCUGCUAAGCGGAAUAGGACCAAAAGAACAACUGAGAAGGUUCAACAUUCCACUAGUGCUUGACAUGAAAGGGGUUGGUCAAGGAAUGCAAGACAAUCCCUGCAUAGCAAUCUUGGUGGAUUCUAAGCCACAAAAUAGGCUUCCUGAUCCACCACAAAUUGCUGGCAUAACAGAUGACUUGAAAAUCAUAGUUGAAGCAUCAAUAAUUCCCCUAAGUUCCAAUGCAACAAGGGUUAAUGUUGCUGCCAAGAUAGCAUUGCCAUCUUCAAAAGGGAUGCUUGAACUGAAUAACACAGACCCCAGGCUGAACCCUUCUGUGAGGUUCAACUAUCUAGCAAGCGAAAAGGAUAUGGAAGAAUGUGUCAAGAUGACUCAACUACUUAAUCGAAUUGCAAGGUCCAAGUCUAUUGCAUUUUUCCUUGGAGAGUCAAAGCAAAACAAGUUGACAUCUACUGAGUUUGGUCUGAGAAAAUUUUGCAAGCAAAAUGUAAGAACUAUCUAUCAUUAUCAUGGGGGUUGCACGGUUGGAUCGGUUGUUGAUAUGCACUACAAGGUUUAUGGCGUAAAGGGAUUGAGAAUAUUGGAUGGCUCAACUUUUUCAGAGUCACCAGGCACAAACCCAAUGGCUACUCUGCUGAUGCUAGGAAGGUACCAAGGAAUCAAGAUUCUCAGAAAAAGGGAAACAGUUUCUGGCUUCAAUGCCAAAGAAAACACAUAAUAAACUUUUUUGAUCAUCUGUUAUUAUGCAAAAUCAGCGUGUAAAAAAAAAAUAAGGCAGCACUUAGGAGCCUAACAGAGUGUACUUAUUUUUUUAUUUUUUUUGAACACUUAACAGAGU